CGUCAUUAGAUCUGACUCUUGACUAAAGGUUAGGUCUAGCUCCCCGCAACAACCAUUCUCACGAAGACGAAGAGACUGAUUGGUGAAUUUCAAUUACUCAUUCUCCUCUUCAUGGAUUCUGACCAUGUUCGACAGAGACGCGAAGAAUGGCGGAGCCAGAUCACAGUUCAGCUUCUACUUCGGGAUCUUCAACCAGUAGAGACUCUUCAGGUGCAGGCGCUGCUUCGACGAUUUCUUCUUUGAAUUCAUCACCAGUGACUGAAGAAGAAGAGGAAACUCAUCAUAAUCAUGAUGCUCAUCGAUUUGGACCGUCAGAAUUAGAGCAUCAAAAUUUUGGAUUUGCUUAUCGAGGAAACUUCUCAGCUUUUGAUGAUGCAUCGCCGGUUGUUAGUGAUGACACUUGGUCUUGCAUAAUCGUUGUCCUCACCUUUUGGUUCUUCGUCUCAAUGACUCUAAUCCUGGGAGUUUAUGGUGCGGCAAAUGUAAGGCUUGGUCGUAAUGCAUCCAUUCUCAUACAACCCAACCCCUUUUUUGUGCAGACCGUCAAGGUGGAAGAGUUAGAUGGGACAAAGCCUGGACCUCAGUUAUAUGGGUUUUAUAAGUCCCCACCUCUUGAUGUAGUAACUACUUGGUCAGAAAGUUAUAGUGUCUCUGUCCCAGCUAAUUCUCACAAGGAAUGGAUUCAUUUUCUUAAUGAAGGUUCUCAAAUUAACAUUACAUACUGUGUAAAGUCUCCAAGCUCUUCUGUGUUCCUCAUAAUUGCCCAAGGAAAUGAAGGCCUUGCUCAAUGGCUUGAGGACCCAACAUAUCCCAACACCACUCUAUCAUGGAAUGUUAUCCGUGGAGGUGGGAUGAUCCAUCAGUACAUAUACUCAUCUUCAAGUUACUAUGUUGCAGUAGGUAACUUGAACUCAGAGGAGGUAGAGGUGCAAUUGAACCUAGGAAUAAGGGGUUUCCUGUAUAAUACAACUGAAGCUUAUUACAAGUGUACUUUCAGUCAGGGCCUGUGUAGUUUGAGUGUUUUGUUUCCUAAGGGAAACAAUAUUGUCUUAACCUCUCCUGGUACAGAAAGGAACACAACCAGUGAGGAUUGGUAUGUUAGAGUUUCUUAUGGACCAAGAUGGCUCACAUAUGUUAUUGGCAUAGGUGGAAUGACUUUGCUCAUGUUGGUGGCCUUCAACUUUUUAAACAAAUUCCAAUUUACACGUGAAGAUGGAGCAGGAGUUCGAUAUGGGAAUAUUGAAUCUGCAAGAGCACCUUUGCUUUCCCACAAAGAUGAUGAUCUCUCAAGUUGGGGUUCAUCUUAUGAUUCUGUCUCAAAUGAUGAGCGGGAUCUUGAAGAGUUUCUGGCUACUUCUGGCCUUGAAGGGAAGUCAAUAAAAGAUGGUGAAAAUGUUAAUAAUACUCGCCGUCUUUGUGCAAUUUGCUUUGAUGCUCCAAGGGACUGUUUCUUCCUCCCAUGUGGGCAUUGCGUGGCUUGUUUUGAAUGUGGAACAAGGAUAGCAGAGGUUGCUGGUACUUGCCCUGUUUGUCGGAGAAAUAUGAAGAAAGUUAGGAAAAUUUUUACGGUGUAAGAGAUAUACAGCCUUUUGUUGUGCGUGUAGAUUCUAGAUGAAUAACUUGCAACCAGAUUACCUUUUCUAUAUUAUCUUUAUCUCUUGUCAAUGUUUGUUAUUGAUCUAAUUCAUACAUGGUUUAUUUAUAGGCAUAGUCUUCUGCCCAUGUUUUUUGCUUUCUCAGUUGGCUUUAGUCGGUGUAAUAACUUCAUCUAUAUUUGAAAAGUUAAAUAUAAUUUUAUCUUAUUUGCUUCCA